AUGGGCAACGAAAGUUUAAAACCAAGUGCUAGUGGUUCGUCUUCCACGACAGUCGAAGCCAAAAAAUCUUCAUCAUCAUCAGAAGCCGCUGCAACAACAACAGCACCGGUAAGCAGAAAUGCGCCGCCUCGCCGACCUGUACGUCGGAUUAUUCAAAACUUCCUUCUCGUCUGGCUCGAUGGCAAUAUUGACGAGACCAAGGAAGAUUUCAAAAAUUCAUUAAAAACUCUACGACAUGUCGUGGCAUCCAUUACGACGUUUACGGAUGCGCAAGAAUGUUUCGAAUUUCUUGGCGAAAUUAAAACAGAAAAAGUUUUCAUGAUGGUAUCGGGUUCAAUUGGACAAAAAUUUGUACCCGAGAUUGAAACAUUGCCACAAUUAGACUCGAUCUAUGUCUUUUGUGGCAACAAAUCAUUUCAUGAGCAAUGGGCCAACAAAUUCUGGAAGGUCAAAGGAGUUUACACAGAUAUUAAACCAAUUUGUCAAGCACUUGAAACCGAUCGAGAACGAUGUGACCGAGCUAUGGUUUCGAUGAGUUUUAACGGUCUAGAUCCGCUGUUCAUGUAUACGCAAUUAUUAAAGGAAGCACUUUUGGAAAUCGAGCACGAAGACGCAAAAUCAAUUAAAGACUUUGUUGAAUAUUGUCAUCUUCAAAAUGAUAUUGACGAAGAUGAAAUCAAUAAGGUCGAACUUGAAUAUCGCCGUCAUUCGCCGAUUUGGUGGUACACAGCGCCCUAUUUUAUGUAUUCGGUGCUUAAUCAUGGACUUCGACAAAUGGAUGUCGACAUAAUACUUAAAAUGGGGUUCUUCAUUCGUCACUUAGACAAUCAUAUCGCAGAAUUACAUCACGAACAACAAGACACCGUGUCAGUCAAAUUUCAAGUCUUUCGUGGGCAAGGUUUGUCCAUGGAAGACUUUGAAAAAAUGAAAAAAACAAAAGGAGGACUUAUGUCUUUUAAUAAUUUCCUUUCGACCAGUCGCAAUCGCGCAGUCUCAUUGGAAAAUUUUGCACGGCCACCCACACGGAAUACCACUUCGGUUGGCAUACUCUUCGUUAUGACCAUCGACACGGCGAUUUGCAUAAAAUCAUCGACAUCUUUCGCCGAAGUCAGUAAAGUUAGCUUCUUCGGAGGUAACGAAGAAGAAAUCAUUUUUUCAACACAUACAAUAUUUCGCAUCGAGCACAUUGAACAAAUUCAUGACGAGCAUACAGAUCGGCUAUGGCAGGUCAAUCUCGCCCUCGCAGGUAAUCAAGAUGAUGAUUUCAAUAAACUUACGGCACACAUACGCGAAGAGGUCAACUUAAAAUCACUAACACGAGGAGUGCCUCAGCUAGCUUUCAUACUUCUUAAACUGGGUGAGCCUGCAAAAGCUGUAAAUCUCUACAGCUCACUCCUCCCAAAGACAACUUCUGACAUGGAUCAAGCGGAUUACAAUCAUAAACUUGGCUGGGCGUAUAAUGAUAUGGGCGAGUACUCGAAAGCACUUUCAUCGUAUGAACGAUCACUUGAAGUCCGAAAAAUAGUUCUCCCUCCGAAUCAUCCCGAUUUGGCUACUUCCUACAACAACAUCGGUUUGGUGUAUGAUAAUAUGGCCGAGUACUCGAAAGCACUUUCAUCGUAUGAACAAUCACUUGAAAUUCGGAAAAUAGCUCUCCCUCCGAAUCAUCCUGACUUGGCUUCUUCCUACAACAACAUUGGUAAUGUGUAUUAUAACACGAGCGAGUACUCGAAAGCACUUUCAUCGCUUGAACAAUCACUUGAAAUUCGGAAAAUAGCUCUCCCUCCAAAUCAUCCCGACUUGGCUUCUUCCUACAACAACAUCGGUAAUGUGUAUUAUAACACGAGCGAGUACUCGAAAGCACUUUUAUCAUAUGAACGAUCACUUGAAAUUCAGAAAAUAGCUCUCCCUCCAAAUCAUCCCGACUUGGCUUCUUCCUACAACAACAUCGGUAAUGUGUAUUAUAACAUGGGCGAGUACUCGAAAGCACUUUCAUCGUAUGAACGAUCACUUGAAAUCCGGAAAAUAGCUCUCCCUCCGAAUCAUCCCGACUUAGCUACUUCCUACCUCAACAUCGGUUUGGUGUAUUCUAAGAUGAACGAGUACUCGAAAGCACUUUCAUAUUACGAAAAAGCUCAAGAAAUCUGGAAAAAGUCACUGCCUCCAACACAUCCACAUAUUGCCCUGGUGAAAAGAAACAUUGAUAAAGUGAAAAAGAAAAUGUAA